CAGCACAAUUCAAGGGCCCAUGGAUCUUCCCUCGACCGCGGCCGGCCUGGAACGGCGCGUGGGCGUCCUGGCCGAACGCCCUGGCCGAUCUCGGGCGCAACCUGUGUCGGCCUGGUCGGGACGGGAAAUUAGAUUUAGCUGCCGAUCUUCCACCUACCACACAGCAGCUACGACCCUUCCAGGGUGUUUAGUCCUUCGAACAGGAUCGAAGAGAUGGAAACCGCGGCGCGAAAAUCGCGUGGUGGAUGCCAAGCUGGUGCCGGCGAACUUGACCACGUUCAGUUUUCCACCGAAAAAUUACAACUGGGAGAUUUGCACGAAGCAAAAUUAUGCCCAACUGGCGUCAGAGCUGGCUGAUGGCCCUUUGUUUUCCGCUCGACGCUUGGUGGAUAAGAGCUACCACGGACAUUACAUCGUGGAACGGCAGCGAUUUCAGGACAGUUUAGUCACCCAACUGGUUGACAGCAUUGGCAUCUCCAGCAGGGAACCACGAUUGAUCUUCACUGCUGGUGCUAUGGGUGUGGGCAAAAGUCAUGUGAUCCGCUGGAUGAAGGAGAAGGACAUCCUUCCUCUUCAUGACUUUGUUUACAUCAAUCCUGACCGAAUAGCAGCUCAGCUCCCAGAAUAUCAUGGCUACAUCGAACAUAACCGUGCCUGCGCUGCUGUGAUGACCCGACUGGAAGCAGGUUUGCUGACAGAACUGAGCCUGAUGUAUGCCUUGCAGAAGAAGCGAAAUAUGGUAGUGGACAGCUCUUUGAGACAUGGAUCCUGGUACUCCAGAGUCUUGCAAAAGAUCAGGCAGAAGUUGCCGGAAGUCCGGGUGGUGCUGAUGUACGUGCACGCACGGGAAGAGACGGUCUACCGCCGAGCAAUAGAGCGUGGCGUCCAGGGUCGCGUCGUGAGCAAGGUCGAGGUGGCCGACUCCCUAGAGAAGCUCCCCUUGGCCAUUCAGAAGCUGCUGCCACACGUGGACACCUUCAUACAGGUGGACAACAACAACGCGCAGCCGCGCGUGACCUCGGUCUGUCACCAGGGCCGCGACGAUGCGGACGAUGCCUGCGACGUGGAUCCUGAGGCCGUGGACCCCGACGCGGCGGGAACCAUUGGAUGGGCCGGAAUCCGCGAGCUGUUGCAAGCUAACCAGGAGCCUGGCUUACCAUUGAGCGAGCCGCCGGAGAUUCUUCCCAGCACGACCACUGAGGGAACGCCCAAUGCAUUGAAGACCCUGUUCCGAACCAUCCACUUCGCGGCAAUGAAGCACAGGCAUCAAACUCGGAAGAAUCCCCAGCAGACUCCCUACAUCAAUCAUCCCCUGGCCGUAGCUCGCAUCCUGGCAGAGUCCGGUGUGCGAGAUCUGGCCACGCUGCAGGCGGCCCUCUUGCAUGACACCUUGGAGGACACCGAGGCCACCCGUGCGGAGCUCGCAGCCAUCUUCGGCAGCAAGGUGGCGGACCUGGUGCACCGGCUGACCGAUGAGGAAGGCCUUAGACCGUUGCACCAGAAGUUUCGACAGCUCAGACGGGUCAAGUCCUUACCUUUGCAAUCAAAGUUGGUGCGCAUCGCCGACAAAAUCCACAACGUCUGGGACUUGAUGCGCCACGGCAUUCCAGGCUGGUCGCAGAGUAAGACCGAACGUUACGUAGCUUGGGCCUGCGAAAUGGUUGAAGCCCUGAGGGGUACCCAUGCAGCUCUGGAGCAACGCUUCCAUUCAGAAGUUUCCUUACCGAAGGGCUACCAGAUGGGCGACUGGGAGGAGUUCGCUGUGCAAGAGAUGGGCUGGUUUGGCGACACGGAGGACGUCCCCAGUGAGCCCUCGUGCGACGUGGAGCCCUUGGAGGAGCACCGCGCCGUGCUGUCGCUGCUGAGGGCGGCGGAACAUGUGGCGAUUCGGAGCGAGGAGCAGCUGCUGGAUAGCGUCAAAUUUGCCUUGCUGCUGACCAAUCACGACAUCAAAGACCCGGAGACCCUCAAGGCUGCGCUGCUGUGGGGCACCUGCGACGGCACGGAUCGCUGGGUGGCCUCGUUCGGGGGCGAGGUAGCGCUGAUCCUGAGGGAAUUGGAAGCGCAACCAGGCAUGGUGACGAACCCCAAGGCCAAACGAUUGCUGUUGGGCAAGUACUUGCACGAGUUGCGGAAGUUGCAAGUUGGCACCUUCUCCAAGCCUGAGGAGCUUCAGCUCUUUCAGCAGCUGUUGGACCGCACCCUUGAGCUGCGGGAGACCUUGCGGGGCGCCCAUCCACCACUGGAGAAGGGCAUUGAUAGCGUGACCGGCAACGGGCAAGUCAGGCUGGCCAGUGGCGAGCUUACUGCCGUGUACCCUGACGUUAGCGCCCGCCAACCCGCCGUCCAAAGGGACAGAUUUUUUUGAGCGGGGGACGGGCUAGUCUUGGGGUGAAACUGGCACAUUGUCUGAAUGAUGGCG